AUGGAAUAUGGACGCUUUGUUGUGCUCGGCUACAGCAGCUACCGCGUGGACAUGGUUCGUCAUCCACCCAAUGAAAGUACGGACUUGAUCUCGUCCUCAUUUGGUCUCGCAGAUGCUAACGACGAGGCGUCUUUGAGUCGCAAACGCUCGCUCGGCCAACUGUGGAAGCCGCUGGGUGGUCAGAAUGCGCAUUACGUGCUUAAAAAGCGAGCACGAGCUAACGGCGUGCGUUUGCGUCGUUUUCAUUACGUUUUUCCGGUUCCAGAGCAUAAGAAACAUCGAGCGAAAGACCUCAAGAAUGUAACCACACGCAUCAUGCAACGUAUCGAGACGGCGCGGGCCGUUAACAACCAAUCUGAAGGCGAAUCAGUCUUGUCAUACCUGCUGUGUCUUCCUAUGAAUGAUCGAGACCCAUGUACCAGUGUCACAGAAUUUCAUGCAGACCCCAAUUUUGAUAUGUUUCAAAUUGGUCGCAUGCCAUGCGCCCAAAACGACUUUGUAAUCCCUGGGCCACGUGUUGGGGCGUCCGGAACGAUAUCACGCUAUGCAGCGAGAAUUUUGUGCUCACGUGAGCCACCAUAUGAGUGUUAUAUCUUUGCAGGAGGUUUCGAUGCUGCUCGACGGAUGAGCACAGCUGGUCAUGCACUAAAACACUGCGCACGGUGUGGUGUCUGGUCGAAACGAUUGGGGUCUGAUCAUAUGUGUGUCGUAAAAACAUUGAUGCAGCAGUCACAAAAUGUGGACAAAGUCAUGGGCCAAAAUGGCAACAAUCACGCGGUUAAUACAGUACAACAUUAUAUUGAUGAAACGAGUGAAGUUGGAUCUCUAGAGCACUUCCAAGUGGAUAUUCAGGAGGCAAGAGAGCUGCCUGUUGAUGGAUUGACGAAAAAUGGGGUUCGUGUGUGGCUUCCAGCUCACAAACAAUGGUUCGAAGUGUCUGUGAAUGGAAGAUUGUAUUCCAUUGAGUCAAAAGCUGCAGAAACAUCUUUAAAUACACCAUCGAGCACAAAUUUAGACCGACGACGAAAUGGCGUGACUUUGCAAUCGCGAAGUGGUGCAUUUAAUCGACCAGCAACUGGUGCUCGAGAGAUUCUACCUAUUUUAACUGAUGGGGCAGUGAUUGAUCUUGGAGGUGUGCAACUACAGUUUCAAACGUCAUAUCGCUCGGAACUUGAGAGAAAUGUGGAGGGCAAUGAUCUUUUGGAAACACCAAUUGUCUAUAGACGAGCGACAUUAUCGUCCAUUAGUACGCAACUAGAACGGUUAAAUGUCCAGUGUCCAGUUCAACUGCAUACCUUGCGGUUCAGUCGCACAGCUCCGGGAGAAAAAGUCCCUCUUGACCAGAUACCGCAUGUUUUUUCGGCGUGUGGACAUGUAUUUGGGUAUGAAGAACGAAUUGCUAAUUCGCACACAUGUCCCCUUUGUCGAACGCCAGGAUCCCUUGUACAGCUGUUGCUGAAAGAGAAUUCGCAAUUUCAGUCGACAGAAGAGCAGCACGCGAUUCCUGAGUGUGUGUUCAAUCCAUGUGGUCAUGCCAUCAGUACAAAACUUGCGCAUCACUAUUCAGCUUUGCUCAUGCCAAAUGGUCGCGCCAUUUGCCCUUUCUGUGCAGUGCAUUUAGAUGUAAGAGUGCCAUUUUCAAGACUUUAUCUCUAUUGCGAAGCUGAAUAG